CUACCAAAAAAAAAAAAAAAAAAAAGAAGGGGACGGAUCCAUCUGCAACCGAGAGAAAAGGGGAAAAAACAGGGCUGGGGGGGGGGAGAGAAAGAGAUGAUUCCUCCAAAUCCAACAAGCCUGGGGAGCACUGCACUCUUGAAUCCUGCAUUUUCUCUCAAAAUGAUGGUGUGGGCACUUGUGUUCCUCUCUCUCAUCCAGUGUUCCACCCAAAAGGGAGAUGAUGAUUAUGAAGAUUAUACUUCAAAUAAGACUUGGGUUUUGACUCCCAAAGUUCAUGAGAGUGAUGUCACUCUUAUUUUAAACGGCUUGCUAGAAGGAUAUGACAACAAGUUGAGACCUGACAUAGGAGUUAAACCAACAGUAAUUCACACUGACAUGUAUGUAAAUAGCAUUGGGCCAGUGAAUGCUAUUAAUAUGGAAUAUACAAUUGAUAUAUUUUUCGCCCAAACGUGGUAUGACAGACGUCUGAAGUUCAACAGCACUAUAAAAGUGCUCAGAUUAAACAGCAACAUGGUUGGGAAGAUCUGGAUACCGGAUACAUUUUUCCGAAAUUCCAAGAAAGCUGAUGCUCAUUGGAUAACAACUCCUAAUAGGAUGCUCAGGAUCUGGAAUGACGGCAGAGUGUUGUACACACUGAGGCUGACAAUUGAUGCCGAGUGUCAGCUACAGUUGCACAACUUCCCAAUGGAUGCCCAUUCCUGCCCCCUGGAAUUUUCAAGCUAUGGCUACCCAAGAGAAGAGAUUAUAUACCAAUGGAAGCGCAGCUCAGUGGAGGUGGGGGACACAAGGUCCUGGAGGCUUUACCAGUUCUCCUUUACGGGAUUAAGAAAUACAACUGAGGUAGUGAAGACCACAUCAGGAGACUAUGUAGUCAUGUCUGUUUACUUUAACCUGAGUAGGAGAAUGGGUUAUUUCACUAUUCAGACCUACAUUCCCUGCACACUUAUUGUUGUGCUGUCCUGGGUCUCUUUCUGGAUUAACAAGGAUGCAGUUCCAGCCAGAACAUCACUGGGCAUUACUACUGUCCUGACAAUGACCACCUUAAGUACAAUUGCUCGUAAAUCUCUUCCAAAAGUAUCCUAUGUGACAGCAAUGGAUCUCUUUGUAUCAGUCUGCUUUAUUUUUGUUUUCUCUGCACUGGUGGAAUAUGGAACUUUGCACUACUUUGUCAGCAACAGAAAGCCAAGCAAGGAUAAAGACAAAAAGAAGAAAAAUCCACUUCUUCGGAUGUUUUCCUUCAAGGCACCUACAAUUGACAUCCGACCUCGAUCAGCUACUAUUCAAAUGAACAAUGCUACACACCUCCAAGAAAGGGAUGAAGAAUAUGGGUAUGAGUGUCUUGAUGGCAAGGACUGUGCUAGUUUUUUUUGCUGCUUUGAGGAUUGUCGAACAGGAGCAUGGAGGCACGGAAGAAUACAUAUCCGCAUUGCCAAAAUGGACUCCUAUGCCCGCAUCUUCUUCCCAACUGCCUUCUGUUUGUUUAACCUGGUGUAUUGGGUAUCAUAUCUUUACCUUUAAAUGCAAAAGGAAAUCAGUGAUAUGAGCCUUACUCACUGAAUUUCUUAGAGAGAUGGUUUCCUAAGUCCACUUGAAGUAUUUAUGACGCGCUUUAUAGUGGUCUGAAUUCUUUAGUACCAUUACCCAGUAAAUAUCAGUCAUAUCAUUUGUCCAAAAAUUACCAUCAGGUUGUUGUGAAUUAAAUGUCCGUUCAACAUGUUGAAAUAAUUUGAAAUAAAAAUCUUAUAAAUAGGUAAUAUACAGCUAUACCUGAUGGAAUAGAGAAACAGAGCAGACAGGGCAAGGGGAGCAUGGCAACAUCACUUAAGUUGGCACUGCCAUUUCAAACAGAAGUGACAGAGAGAAUUCCCAGGUAAAGUACUGUACAGUUUGUUAACAUUGGCUAUAAUUAUGCUAUAGCUUUAUUCUCUGUGGGCUUUUCUUUUUGGAAGAGUCAUCUCUCACUUUGAAUAGGUAUUAUUAAGCUAGGAAAGUAACUUCUACUCCCACCAAAAUAAAAAUAGACCUUUCCCUUUGCCAUCCCUUUAAGAGCACAUGUACAAUGCUGUAAAUAUUUCAAUACCUUGUAGUACAUAAAGUCUAGUGCAUGCAUCUUCUGGGGGCCAAAAUAAAUGAAACAAAGGUACCAUAAAGUAUUGUCUUUUAUUUUGUGUCUCUGGCUGUGCUAUUGUAAUUUAAAUGUGGAUUAAAAACAUUUUUCCUUGAAAAAUUUUCCCUUUCCCUCAUGCAUGGAAGACCCAAGCAGACAGCACUUUCAUGUAAAACAUUAGAGAAGCCUUAAGGAUUCAAAUAAAUAACAUGUAGACAAAUCUGUAUGGCCAAUAUAAUAGCUCAUAGUAUACGUCUGCUGCAGUUUUAGCCUUCAUUUUCCAUUUAUAAUGUUUCUAUAUUUCAACUGAAUUUCCAGUAAUUAUACAUCGCAAGAUCAGCUUCUAAAUUUAAUCCAUGUGUUUCCAUUGUUUUUUCCCAUGUUGAACUCUUUGAACUCUAUUUUCCUCACACAAGGUUGUUUUUUUCCCCUCUUCAAUCCAGUCAGGAAAUAGCUUUUAUUGUAGACAUUUUUACAUAAGGACUUCAAGUUCAUUUUGAAAUACUAGGUUUUGUAUUAUGUAUAUGCAUACAACUCUCUGCCCAUUUAUGUCAUUGAUCAGCAAUAGUUGUUGCUAGUGAUGCUUUUCACUCUGUGAGUACCUUUACUAAACAAACCCUAACACCAUAGCUAGCACACAGUUUAUAGAUAGCCUUGAAAAUAAAAGAGAACAAAGAGUGUCUUGGCUACUAAAUCAUAGUUACGCAGUUUAUGUGUAUUUAAAAAAUUCAGCCCACCUGGCUGAAUCUUGAAACCCACUUACCCACUGGUUUUCAGAACCUCUAUGACGCUCAAUUAUGCAACCUUAAGCACAUGUAAAUAUGACUGACUUCUUUUUUAAUUAUUGUCAAAGAUGUAAAAUGUCACCUCCAGAAAUGUGAGUUUGCAAAUUGAAAUGGGAGAUAUUCAAUUAUCAUUACAGAAUUACUAAUAGCUAAAAUGGAGAAAAAAAAAAAAAAAAAAAAAAAAAGAAAAAAAAAAAGGAAGUUUUCAAAUGUUUGUAUAGUUUUGAAAUAAAAAUGUAUAAAAAAGGAAUAACCUGAACAUCAAUUGCUCCUUGUCCAAUAUAUCUGAAAACCUUUUAAUAAAGGAAUUGCACACACCUGUGGACUUUUUCCAAUAAAACUGCUGCACUCAACUCCACAGUUUUCUUGUAGUUGGUUUGUUAAAAUCAUACUUGAAGGAGUAGACAUUUUGAAGAUGCUGGAUUCAUCAGUUGCCUAAAUAUAACUGAUUAUAAUCCUCAUAA